ACUGUCAUUUCGCAUAUCGCGAGUACACUGAAUACGCGGAUUAAACCGGUCCGGGACUAAAAUAAUCCAAAUUUCCCGAAAAUUUCCAAUAAAUAUAAGCCAUAUUUUUAUACUAUAGUGACCAAUGAAUAUUUAUCGAUAUAGGUGACGCAAAUAGCGACCGAAAUACAAUUUUGAUCAAGAAAGUGAAUUUUUUUGUUUGGUUUAUCUUGAGCCAUGGCGGACGCGGAUGCCAAGGAUCGUUACGAUCCUGAACUGAAACACCUGUGUGUUGAUAGAAAUAACUACAAUGAUCCGGCCACUCAGGCUGAGUGGACUCAGAAACGACUCGUCUGGGUGCCCCAUGAAAAUCAAGGAUUCGUGGCGGCCUCCAUAAAGGGCGAAAAGGGCGACGAAGUUGAGGUGGAUCUGCAAGAAACUGGGAAAAGAACCACAGUUGCUAAGGAUGAUAUCCAAAAAAUGAACCCACCCAAGUUUGACAAGGUAGAGGAUAUGGCUGAGCUAACUUGCCUGAACGAGGCCUGUGUACUUCACAACCUCAAGGAUCGGUAUUAUUCAGGACUCAUAUAUACGUAUUCCGGUCUUUUCUGUGUGGUUGUCAACCCUUACAAAAAGUUACCAAUUUACACAGAGAAGAUAAUGGAGAGAUACAAAGGCAUAAAACGGCACGAAGUCCCGCCACAUGUCUUUGCCAUUACGGACACUGCCUACCGAUCCAUGUUACAAGAACGAGAAGAUCAAUCAAUCCUGUGUACUGGCGAAUCAGGUGCAGGAAAGACUGAGAAUACGAAGAAAGUCAUCCAGUAUUUGGCCUAUGUGGCUGCUUCCAAAUCGCCUAAGGGAUCGGGUGCGCAAAAAGACCUUAUCGGCGGUCUGGAACAUCAACUUUUGCAAGCCAAUCCGAUACUGGAAGCAUUUGGAAACGCUAAAACCAUCAAAAACGACAAUUCAUCAAGAUUCGGUAAAUUUAUACGAAUCAACUUUGAUGCUUCUGGAUACAUCGCUGGUGCCAAUAUCGAAACUUAUCUAUUAGAAAAAUCACGUGCCAUAAGACAAGCUAAGUCUGAAAGAACAUUCCAUAUAUUUUAUCAACUUUUGGCUGGAGCUUCAGCUGAACAGAAAAAGGAAUUUAUUCUUGAAGACUCAAGAUCGUACAGUUUCCUACGGGAUGACAAUCAUAUUGUACCCGGAGUGGACGAUGCCACUGAAUUCCAAGCCACCGUGAAAAGUAUGAAUAUAAUGGGAAUGACUUCAGAAGACUUCAGUGCCAUUUUUCGAGUCGUGUCAGCGGUAAUGCUUUUUGGUAAAAUGCAGUUUAAACAAGAUCGUAAUUCCGACCAAGCAACUUUGCCAGAUAACACUGUUGCUCAGAAAAUCGCCCAUCUCUUGGGCCUCUCUGUUACUGAUAUGACGCGAGCCUUUUUGAAGCCUCGCAUUAAAGUGGGCCGCGACUUCGUCACCAAGAGCCAGACUAAGGAACAAGUCGAGUUCGCUGUGGAAGCUGUUUCUAAGGCAUGCUAUGAGAGAAUGUUCAAAUGGCUGGUAAAUCGUAUUAAUCGAUCGCUAGGUAGAACUAAGCGCCAAGGAGCCAGUUUUAUUGGAAUUCUCGACAUUGCUGGAUUUGAAAUUUUCGACCUUAACUCCUUUGAGCAGUUGUGCAUUAAUUACACGAACGAAAAACUACAGCAGCUGUUCAACCAUACUAUGUUUAUUCUGGAACAGGAAGAAUACCAGCGAGAGGGCAUUGAAUGGAAGUUUAUCGAUUUCGGGUUAGACUUGCAACCAACAAUUGAUUUAAUUGAUAAACCGAUGGGAAUCAUGGCCCUGUUGGAUGAAGAGUGUCUCUUCCCUAAAGCUACAGACAAAACGUUUGUAGAUAAGCUCGUAAGCGCUCAUUCGGUGCAUCCCAAGUUCAAGAAAAGCGACUUCCGUGGAGUGGCUGACUUUUCAAUCAUUCAUUAUGCUGGCAAAGUAGAUUACUGCGCAAAUCAAUGGCUGAUGAAGAACAUGGAUCCGCAAAAUGAAAACGUAGUAUCUUUGCUGCAAGCUUCGCAAGAUCCAUUUGUGAUGCAUAUUUGGAAGGAUGCCGAAACACUUGGAAGAGCCAAAGGCAUGUUCCGAACAGUUUCCUAUCUAUAUAAAGAACAGCUGGCUAACCUGAUGGUGACUCUUCGCAACACCAAUCCAAAUUUCGUUCGUUGCAUAAUUCCUAAUCACGAAAAGCGAGCUGGCAAAAUUGAUGCACCUUUAGUACUAGAUCAACUGAGAUGUAACGGUGUUUUGGAAGGUAUUCGUAUUUGCAGGCAAGGCUUUCCAAAUAGAAUACCAUUCCAAGAGUUUAGACAACGUUACGAGCUUCUCACCCCUAACGUCAUUAAUAAAGGGUUCAUGGAUGGCAAGAAGGCUUGCGAAACGAUGAUCAAAAGCUUGGAACUGGAGUCCAACUUGUACCGUAUUGGCCAAAGCAAAAUAUUCUUCCGUGCUGGCGUCUUGGCUCAUUUGGAGGAAGAGCGAGACUACAAGAUAACCGAUUUAAUAGUGAAUUUUCAGGCAUUUUGUCGAGGUUUUCUUUCAAGGCGCAACUAUCAAAAGCGCGUUCAACAGCUCAAUGCUAUCCGAAUUAUUCAAAGAAAUUGUUCAGCUUACUUAAAGUUGAGAAACUGGCAGUGGUGGCGGCUGUACACAAAAGUAAAGCCGUUGCUUGAAGUUACCAAGCAAGAAGAAAAGCUGAUGCAAAAAGAAGAUGAAUUAAAGCAGGUGAAAGAUAAACUGGAGCACCACCUUAAAGCGGCUGAGGAGUAUGAAACGAAGUUCCAAAAAGCUCAGGAGGAAAAGGCUGUCUUGCAGGAGCAGCUGCAAGCUGAAGUAGAAUUAUGUGCGGAAGCAGAAGAAAUGAGAGCUCGAUUGACUGCAAGAAAACAGGAGUUGGAAGAAAUUUUGCACGAUCUUGAGGCCAGAAUAGAAGAAGAGGAAGAAAGAACUAACACCCUCACUGUAGAAAAAAAGAAAUUACAAAUCACCAUCUCUGACCUGGAGGAGCAACUAGAAGAGGAAGAAGGUGCUAGACAAAAACUACAACUGGAGAAGGUUCAGUGCGAUGGAAAAAUAAAAAAACUAGAAGAAGAUUUAGCUCUGUCAGAUGACACCAACCAGAAGCUACUAAAAGAAAAAAAGAUUCUUGAAGAGCGCAGCAAUGAUUUAAGUCAAGCUCUCGCUGAAGAGGAGGAAAAAGCUAAACACUUGUCCAAGCUGAAGACUAAGCAUGAAACAACAAUUGCCGAACUGGAAGAACGCCUUCUUAAGGACCAUCAACACAGGCAAGAAUCCGAUAGAACAAAGAGGAAAGUAGAAACGGAAGUCAACGAUUUGAAAGAACAAGUGCAGGAAAGGCGCAUGCAAAUCGAAGAAUUGCAGUUGCAGCUGGGAAAACGCGAGGAGGAACUUGCUCAAGCAAUGGUCAAAGUCGACGAAGAAGGAGCUCAGAAAGCGCAGGCUCAAAAAGCUUUACGGGAACUGGAAAGCCAGCUUACAGAACUCCAAGAAGAUUUAGAGGCGGAAAAGGCUGCCCGAACAAAAGCUGAAAAAAUGAAGCGAGACCUCAACGAGGAGCUGGAGGCUCUUAAGAACGAGCUUUUAGAUUCUCUAGAUACCACAGCAGCGCAACAGGAACUACGCUCGAAACGUGAGCAAGAGUUGGCUACUUUUAAGAAGAGCUUGGAAGAAGAAACUGCUCUUCAUGAGGCUACACAGGCUGACAUGAGACACAAGCACACUCAAGAGCUGACCGGGCUGAAUGAGCAAAUGGAAAACAUCAAGAAGCAAAGGGCUGCCUUGGAAAAAGCGAAACAGACUUUAGAAGCUGAGAACGCCGACUUAACUAGCGAGCUGAGAAAUGUAGGAGCUAGUCGCCAAGAAGGUGAGAGAAGACGAAAGCAAGCCGAAAGUCAGCUAGCUGAAAUCACGGCAAAACUAGCGGACGUAGACCGAUCACGUGUUGAACUGCAAGAGAAAACCAUCAAGUUGCAACAAGAGGUUGAAAACGCCAUGUCACAAUUGGAACAAGCAGAGCUAAAAGCAUCUGCAGCAGUUAAAAAUCAAGUUACUAUUGAGUCGCAGUUUGCCGAAGCUCAAGCGGCACUUGAAGAAGAAACUAGGCAAAAGCUGGCGCUUAGCUCCAAAUUGAGACAAUUGGAAUCAGACAAGGAGGCCCUUCAAGAGCAAAUCGAGGAAGAAGAAGAGUCCAAGAAAAAUUUGGAAAAGCAACUUGCCAUUAUAUCGGUUCAGCUUGUUGAAGCAAAAAAGAAAGCCGAAGAUGAAGCUGAACAAGCUGCUAUUUUAGAGGAAAGCAAGAAGAAGCUUGCCAAAGAUCUGGAAUUUUUGCAGAGACAAGUUGAAGAAUUAACAGCGGCGAACGACAAGUUGGAAAAAAGCAAGAAGAAAAUUGCUGCUGAACUUGAAGAUGCCAAUAUUGAUUUAGAAACCCAAAGACAGAAAGUUACCGAGUUAGAGAAAAAGCAAAAGAAUUUCGACAAAAUUUUAGCCGAGGAAAAAGCAGUAAGCGAACAACUCGCCAUGGAAAAGGAUACUGUUGAGAAAGAAGCAAGAGACAAGGAAACUUUGGUUCUCUCUCUUAAGCGAGAGCUGGACGAUUCUAAUGUUAAAAUUGACGACUUAGAGAGGACUCGAAGGCAAUUGCAAGGCGAGCUCGACGAGCUAGUCAACAACCAAGGCACCGCUGAUAAAAACGUCCAUGAAUUGGAAAAGGCCAAGAGAUCUCUAGAAUCGCAAUUGGCAGAAUUGAAAGCUCAAAAUGAAGAACUAGAGGAUGAGCUGCAACUGACGGAAGACGCCAAACUUCGACUGGAAGUUAAUAUGCAAGCAUUAAGAACCCAAUUCGAAAGGGACAUUCAAGCCAAGGAAGAACAGGCUGAAGAGAAAAGACGAGGAAUCCUCAAACAACUGAGAGACCUUGAAGCUGAGCUUGACGAAGAAAGAAAACAAAGAGCCGCAGCUGUUAGUGCCAGGAAGAAGUUGGAAGGUGACAUUAAGGAGCUUGAAAGUCAAAUCGAGCUCCAAUUCAAGCUGAAAGACGAUGCUUUGAAGCAACUGAAAAAGUCGCAACAACAGUGCAAAGAAGCCAUCCGAGACGCGGAAGAAGCCAGAGCCGCCAGAGAUGAAUUGGCAGCCACUAGUAAGGAGGCUGAACGGAAGGUGAAAACUUUGGAAGCUGAAGUCUUGCAACUAACAGAAGAUUUGUCCAGUUCAGAGCGAGCCAGAAGGGCAGCUGAAGCCGAACGCGACGAGCUAUUAGAAGAAAUUAACUCCAGCACCAACAAAGGGUCUCUUCUUAUUGAUGAAAAACGUCGUCUUGAGGCACGAAUCGCCAGUUUGGAGGAAGAGCUUGAAGAGGAACAAAGUACCAAUGAAAUGCUUCAAGAUCGCACAAGAAAGGCUCAGCUGAACAUUGAUCAGCUUACUACCGAUUUAUCAAGCGAACGAUCCACAAACCAGAAAAUCGAAUCGCAACGACUACUAUUGGAGAGGCAAAAUAAGGAAUUAAAGGCUAAGUUGACUGAAUUAGAAACCGCUCAACGAACCAAGACCAAGGCCACAAUCGCAACUUUGGAGAGCAAGAUCAGCAACCUUGAAGAACAACUAGAGGUCGAAGCCAAGGAGCGACUUGCUCAGCAAAAGUCGAAUCGUAAACUAGAUAAGAGGAUUAAAGAACUGGUAAUGCAACUGGAAGAUGAGCGUCGUCAUGCAGAUCAGUAUAAGGAACAAGUGGAGAAAGGCAACACUAGAGUGAAGGCACUCAAACGACAAUUGGAUGAAGCAGAAGAAGAAGUCACUAGGGAAAAGGCACAGAAACGUAAAGCACAGAGAGAAUGCGAGGAUAUGAUCGAAUCUCAUGAAAGCAUGACUAGAGAGAUCAAUAAUCUGAAAAGCAAACUCAGCAUGAAUCAAGUAGUCACUUCUGCAUUUACAACAAAUGAAAACCUCCAAAAUAGCAUUCCUGAAGCUAUAAGAAAAAUACGAGGUGCUUCUAUAGAGAUUCAGAGAGGGACUGGCAUGGGACUAUCUUCGUCUCGUCUUAGUUCUACUAAGCGUGGGUCAAUUCAAACUAGUGGAAAUGGUUCCGGAGAUGACUCCACAACACAAGACGAAGCAAUGGAUGGAGACGAUGGACCUAAUUAAGCAUUUGAAUAUCCUCUACCGCUAAUAACGCUUAAAGCCUAACCAGAAGGUCACACUAAUUCUAGUUGUGCAACUAUGAUGUGUGAGAGCUUCUGGUAAAUCGUAGAAUUUAAUACCAGCAGUUUUUCAACAUGUUUUAAGCGUCGUACGUUUAUACAGUUCCUUGGUUUAAACGCCGAAGUUCUCACUUAUCAUACAUAACGGCAUUUUUUAAAUUAACUUUACAAUGGUAAGAUUAAACAUUGCUUUUGUACAUAUGUUGUCUAGUACUUAGCCAGUGUUUUACAAUUAUUAACAAUAUUCUAUUAUUUAUUUUGGUGCAAACAUGUUCGGGUUUAUUUGAUUUUUUUCCGGUAAAACACAUUUAUAUUGCCUUCUUUAAAUUAAUAGAUGCUUUCUAUUUUAUUUAAUUACAUUAUUUUGUUUAUAGUUUAUAGGAAUUUAUUUAUAUUCGACUAUGCAAUUCGUAUUAAUUCAUUUAUGGUAAUAUUUACUCUAUUAAGACUGCAGACAUGCCUUUUUGAAAAUUUUGAAAAACUAUUUUUAAAUACACCAUCUCAGUCUUAAUAUUAAAAGCGAAAGUAUUGUUAAAUAACGUAAGUCGCCACAUAUACAUUCUAUUAUUGAGUAACAAACUCGAAAAAAUUGUCAAACGAACUAACAAUAAUUAAGAUUAGUGAGUAACUAAAGUAACAUUUUGAUACAUAUUUUGUAGAAUAUAUUUUUUUGUAAAACUACUAUGUUAGGUUACCAUCGUCAGUUUCAGCAAAUUUUGUAUAUUAAAACUUUUUAUUGCUUUGUAUAUAAAGUAUACGGGGUCAGGGCUCAUUUAAAUAUUCAAUUAACGAGUUCAAUAAAUAUUGUUUAAAAGCUU